AUGAAUUCAGAUGCUAUACAAAUCACCAUACCUGAUUUUGACGAGGAUUUCCAGUCGACUCCCAUUCCGUUCGGUCGCUCGGGUGGUAAUGCGUUUGGAGCUUUCGGAAAUACCGGCUCUGGACCAGAGUCACCUACGUUAAUUACUCCCAUUGCCCUUCCUGAACGCAUUGAACGGGGUUACUUUCAUUCCCGCGGCGACUCCGUAACAUCUGAAGAUUCUAUACACUCACAGUCCACACGUCACGUAGCAAAACCUUUUGCCCAUUCAUCACAAUCUUCUGUGGCCACGACAAGUAGUUCGCCUUUUACAAAGAAGCCUUCAUUUGCUUCAAUUCGUAAUGCUUUCAAGAUCACUGUCAAGAGCAGCGACGUUCCACCCCUACCACAGAUUGACCACCAAGCUUAUCCCAUUCUCAAGAACCCAUUCAAUCGUUCAACUUCGUCCCUCGCUCAUGCACCUACGAUAUCUUCUCAAAAGCCGUCUUUCACUACAAGCCCGCCUCAUCCUCGAGCACCAACGCCUGGCGCGAGCGAGUCUCGUCCACGUGCUGCAUCUAGAGCCAGAGGCCACUCUGUUGUCAAAUCACAACAUUCUCAUAAUGGCUCUAUAUUUCAUAGCUCAGAUACCGGUAGUGACUUGGGCCAUGGCUUUGGGUCAUCCUCACCACCCCCGGUACCCAGGAUGCCCGGCGCUUUCGGAGGGCAGUUUGGCAAGAGCGAAGUGUCUUUGAUUACGGAUGAAGAUGAUAAAAUUGUCAUGGACCCAAAGACACCUUCCGACUAUGCUUUGCAUGCAGUUUUCAUACGUUUUGCUACAUUAGCUGAGGCUAAAAUUGAGAGCUUUCUGCGAGAAUCAUUGGACCGCGAUUGUUUACUGUCGGACUUUUUGGGCCCAAAUAUAGAUCCGAAAUUCGACGGUCUGCUUAUCUCCCUCGGAAAGAUAGCACAGAAGCAUACGAAGCCUGUCAUUGAUUCAGUGAUGCGUUGGAGAAAAAGUCAAAAUGAGAGUGUUAGCUCGCAUAUUCUGCGACAUCAUCUUACUCAAUCCCCAACCCUAAACCGCAGUAUGAGACAGCACGAAGUUUCUUUUGCUGUCAACGAGCGUAAAUCGCUUGCUUCUAUCUAUAUUAUGUGUCGCGCUUUGGUUGCAGUCUUGCAACUCAUAUCUAAGGACGCAUUGGGGGAGUCUUUGGGAUGGAGCUUGGAAGAGACGACGUUUGAUCAGUUUAAGAAGCCGGACCUAAAGCUGCUUGCUCAGUCUGCUAACCAUCGGAUUAACGCGGAUUUAUUUGCGACACUUUUGGGACACUUGGCUAAUGUUCGCUUCGUCAGUGUAACGGAUAGAUUCUUAGGAGAAUUGAAUCCUGUGGCUAUGGGUCAGGUAGCUAAGGAUCUUGACACCAAGUACGAAAAUUUGGUGAAGGGCCUCCGACACAUCCAGAUUAAGGUCUGGCCGCCAGAAGCAUUUGAGGAAGGUGCAGAGUUCAUGGAGUCACUGUCGAAGUCUUUCGAAAACACACACGGGCUUCGUUUCAAGACGACUUUUGCAGAAACUCUGACUCGCCUCUUGCACUCAAUCGGCAAGACCGCUCAAGCAGAAGUCAACCAUCCACAGUGGGCAAAGGCGAUCGAGAAAAUCUUUCCACGGGCUCGAGAUAUGAUGGGCAAGCCACGAUAUUGGAAUGUAGCAUAUCCACUCACAAUUGCUUGCCUUUGUGUUGCGCCACACCAAUUUUUCCUGCGUAAUUGGAUGGCUUGCUUUGAAGCAGGGCUUUCGAAGUUAAAAGAGAAACCUCAUCGCCUACCUGUCAUGAAUGGAAUGAUGCGUUUAAUUUGGACUUAUUUAUAUCGAUGUCAGGAGCCGGCCUCAACCACCACUUCGAAACUGGAAUCAUUGAUGAAGCAUUUCUUUCCUACCAACCGUCCUUCUGUUUUUCCCCACGAGGAGCAUUUAGAGCCCUUUGUAUAUACCGUCCAUUUCGUUCUCUCUCGACACUUCGAUUACGGCAGUGACUUUUGCCUGGAGUUGAUGCAGGAAUUUGCUAUCCGUGCAUCUCCGACGCAAAACAUUCCUAAUAUUCUGGCUCCAGAGCGAUUGGCGAUUUCUGUUCAAGCAAUCCUACUUACCUUGGCUGCUAUUGAACGGGAGGAGCCGAACCCCACAUGGCCUUCGAGCACAGAUUUCUUUGUGGUACCCCCACAGACAGACUAUCCAUCGUCUUCGGAUAUCUUGCCUCAGGCUAUCCUGUCGAAGCCUGGCAUGCAGGAUUUCUUCGAUCGCUGUGGUGUGGUUUUAACUGCUAUCGCAAGGUAUUGCAGUAGUACUGUCGGACAGAUGUCGAUUUUCGAUGAACAGUGGUCCUCCGCUCGAUUUAAUCUUUCUCAUGAGGAAUCUCCUGGCAUUGUAAUUCGGCGCCAUCCGGAAGCAAUCGUCGCAUAUCCCAGUUACCUCGCGUCCCAGAUUAAUAUGUUGCAAACCUGCUUUCAAUCGUGGCCUCGUUGUCUGCAUUCUUCGUUACCUCUCCAGGAUGCUGUUGAUAUGCUCAUACAUGGUGUCGUUCAUGUAGAGCCCCGCCUAGGGGAAAUAGCUAUUGAAACGAUGAAACGAUUCAUAGCUGAACCUCAAAGUGCCGUUGUAGUUCUAUCUCGGUUCACAACGUUCCUUUUCGAUCCCAGUCACGUUGUGCGGGAGGGGUCUGGAAUGAAUUUUGCCCUGGAAAGUGUCAGGCUGCUGGAGUUCUGGAGUGUUCUCGUGGAUAGUUGGAUAAACGAUACUAUCGGACGGCAGAAGGAUUUAUUGAGUGAUGACGAUAGAAAGACUAUAUCGUUACUGAGCGAUGAAUUAUCUGCCGGUGCUCUAUUUCUACUCUCACACGAGACACGGUCUAUCCAUUCGUCAGGUGUGAAGGUGAUUCGCAUGCUUAGAAUGCUGUCAGGACAUAUAGGUGCCAAUAUCCCUGAAGUAGAUGGAUCGACUCCCUCUUCUCACAUCGCCGACCUGCUGCACGGGAAAGGAAUUGGAAAAACGUACUUCGAAGGGUAUGACGAGUUGCUGGAUAGAUCCGAGCUUGACCGUUUACAGCAAUGGCGAGAAUCGACACGCACAGAUGUUCUCCUGCGGCUUGCUGACAGCAGCAACGAGAAGGACCGUAAAUUGUGGCGACAUGUGUUCCCCGCGUUUAUGCAAAUAUGCAUUCAUCAUUCCGUCAAGGCAUCGAAUGCUUUCCGUGAUACGCUCGUUGCAGCAUCUUCUCGGUAUCAUCCUGUCAUGCUCCAUCUUGCAGGCCUCCUUUCCAGGGCUCCGACUGGUGUGGGCGGUCGAGCCCCAUUUACGGGAGAAAAGGAUGGGUACAGGGUGAUCAAGGAACACAUGCAUACCAUUGAUCAAUGGCACAUGUGGAUCAAGAUCCUAUGUGCAACUACAGCUGUGUCCGAUGGUCGUUCCGCCAUGACCAAUGUGGGUCGCGAGCAUUCGCGCGUUCCUUCAGACUCUAAUUUUGAACGCGAACGUAUGAUGACGGCUCGCCAUCUUUUCAGAUAUCUUACUCCAUUCCUCGACUCCGAUUACACUCCUUUCCGCGACGCUGCUGUUCUUUGUAUCAACUCAUUCCCCUCUGGAGCUUACCCAACACUCUUAGAAGAUCUUGGAUCCUUAGCUUCACGUCAAUUCUACAAUGAAACUCGACCAAAGGCUGGGUCCUCAACGCCUAUUGGAAGAACGCGUCGUCAAGAUCGCCUACAUUCCGCUGUGGCUCGCAUUUACUAUCUCACCGCAGAUUUGCUGCCCCGUCAGCGGUCGGCUGCGAAGCAAGCUGCGCUUUCGCACGUACUCAAGUUCGUCCGAAGUACCCAGUUAUUUCUUGCAGAAAACCGCGAAAACUAUGCGUUACAACGUUUGCGGCGCUACUUCUGUGGAACUGUGGAACGUCUAUUCGACGGACUUGCUAAUCUGAUUGACUCUGAACGCUUCAUCCCACCAAAUAUGCACUUGACGCUUUAUAGAUUGUGUGAAGAAUGGUGUCAGUACGGGCAUCAAUCCGAUGCCGCUAAGCACCGCUUUAUAAUCAUGCAAAGAGCAUCUGCAGCUGCAGCGAAUGAUCCACAGGCAGAAUCUGACGCUGCAGAACGUUUCCAGCAUGAGACGAAGCUGUUAUCCAGCGCUGCUGUCGGUGCUUUGGCCUCGCUAUGUCAAAAAGCUUACUUUCCUCCUGAGGUCUCUUCGAGUUCACCUACUGAGCGUCCCUCCAUGGAGCUCCUAAAACCUUUGGAGGCAUCGUCAACUUUAGAGAGGAUCGGUGCUAUAUUUGCCACAUCCAAUCCACAAAUGCAAGCUCGUGGGAGAAAAGCACUUCGUUCCUUGCUGCUUUUCCCGAAGCCAGAUGCCAUUCUGCUCGAUGAAACUUUACGCCGUGCAUUUGUUGGCUACAAGGAAUUGCUCUCAGGAAGUGCCUUAUUUUUCGAAAUCGUCUCAGAUAUCAUCUGCACGACCAGCGAACAUGGUUUCACAUAUAGUCAAGUUGUGACUCUCGGUUUGUCUAACCUAUGUCACACUGACCCAGGGAUUCGCCGGAAUGCUUUUAAUAUUCUCGAGACGAUUCACGAGCGGUCGUUCGGCAUCCUUUCGAUGACUGAGUUUGAAAGUCUGGUCGGUAGCUCGGCACCUAGCACUUAUCUGCAUGCUCACCACCUCAUCUCUGACUGUCUUGCUGGAGAACAUCCCACCCAAGCUAUCAAUGUUCUUUCGCACCUUGCUACGUGGUUACCCCGAAUUCAUAGCCGAGGGAGUCAUAGAUUGUCACUUCUCCUCUUGCAAAGUCUCGAGGGCUGGGUUCAGAAUAUCCAACUCCUGCAGCAAGACGAAUCAGGUGUCUCGCGGAUUUCCAGCGAAGGUCGUACGGCUCUUUAUCACAUGGUCUCGUUAACUCAGCGCCAUGGUGACAGUCACCCGGAACAGAUUGCUGCAAUAUGGACUCGAUUUGUAGAUUCCCCGCAUCAAGCUAAUGGGCUGGCCACUAUCACAUUCUUGGUAGAAAAAUCCCAGAAAGUGGCCACCACAGCGUUCAUUAAAUGUGCUGCUCAUAUCGUGGCUUGCUUGUCCCGAACUGCUAUUGGACGGCAGAUAUUCGAGCAACUCUGUAGUAUUAUAGAGCCUGAACGGAUGUUACCCAAUAUCGAUCACAAACUGGGUAUUCCCGAUGCAGAAGAGGUUGAGUUAUGGUCAGAUUUAGAUAUACUUUUUGCAGAAGACCAGCCAAAACUUUCUUUGGGCUCUGCGCAAUACGCCAUGCUAUUCAUUGCUGACGUUGCUUUAGAUCGUCAGUGGACGAUGCAUGAUCAAAUUCCUGUCUUACUACAUGCCAUCUUCUCGCACCUUGACCAUCGCAUACUUUUCGUCCGGCAACAAGCACAGCACAUGCUUUUCCAGCUCAUACGAUCUUGCAUUCCCGCGUAUGCCGAGCUCAACGAUCGAUCAGUUCAUGUUACUCGAUCAACCCUUAAGUCUACAAUUUCUGCACUGGAGCAAGGAGAAUCUGUGUUCUGGAACGAUGAUGAUACGAAUGAAGAUGCGGGACCCAAAAUGAAGCAGCUCUGUUCUCAAGUGGUUUCCAUCCUGAAUCCUAUCACUCCUGAACUGUUGCGGAAAUGGGGGAAACUGGCACUAGCAUAUGGAACUACCUGUGCAAUACGCCCAAUUGCCUUCCGUUCCUUGCAACUGUACCGAAUCCUCAUGCCACCAAUGUCGCAAGACAGUCUGGGGCAACUCCUUGCUCGUUUAUCAGCUACCAUUUCUGCUACGGAUGUCAACAUCCAGCUAUUUACCAAUGAGAUAGUUCUGACUCUCAUUGCGUUGGCAUCAACUGAGGAAUUAGACCGCUCGCUCCUGCCACAACUUUUCUGGACUACUCACGCAUGUCUUUCGACUGCUAUCGAAAGUGAAUUUACGCAAGUGUUGAAACUCCUCACCGUGCUACUCACUCGCAUUAACUUGGAUGAUCCCGCCAUGGUGGACCUUAUCAUGUCUCAGCGUCCUUUAGAUUGGAAGGGCUACUCUUCGCUACAAUCGUCUUUACUAGCCGGUCUCCGUUCGUCUACUACCGUUGAAGCGACUUUCAAAUCUUUCAAGUCUUUGGGAAGCAUCAACGACUCUCGCUUGAUUGAUUCGACGGAGGGACGUUUGCGCGAUCUUUAUACAGUAUCUCUGCCAUGGUGUCUACAUGCGAUGGCGAACGAUUCACAUGACGAGUCACUUAACGAAUUUGCCUACAGCAUUGCUCGACUAGCAGACCGAGAAGGCCGAGAUAGUAUCAGCCGCAUCAUGACGUCUUUCGUGAAGAAUCGCUUCAGGACCAAGGAUGAUUUCCUUCGACAAUCUGUGUUAAGCCUGCGCGAACACUAUGGUGUCGAUCAUUGGACUGAAAUUGCUACGCUACUUCUGGGACUGGUGCUGAAUCGUGAACGCUGGUUACGAGUACAUUCCAUGCAAGUUCUCAAAAUAUUUUUCCAACAACGCGAAUCCCGCAGUCUGAUGGCACCCUUGGGCUCCGAGUUGUUGAUGCCAUUAUUGCGGUUGGUAGAGAGCGAUCUCUCCUCGCAAGCUUUGGAGGUUCUUGAAGAGCCCAUGACAAUCGCUGGAGGCCCAGCUGCUAAGCAUAUUUUACGCAUGAGUAUGCACAUGAGUAUGCUUACCAAGGGUACCGACAACGUCACCGACGUCUUUGGAGUUCCGGAGGACUCUGGUUGGUGUGUUGCUCAGCCGGACACUUUGCGACAACAGUGUCGCUUUAAUAUCACUGCUAUAUUCGAAACAUGCAAGGUAUCAUACAGACCUUCUAUGAUCGAAUUCGAGCCGGAAGCAGAAUCAUUAGCUGUAGCACUAUCUGAUGGAUUGGAGGAGGAUCUCGGCGGUCUUGUACAAGAUCUGCAUGAAUUGAGCAGAUUUUUUCAGAACCCCAGGUCCCAUACCCCCGUACUCGUCCCUAGCCAACAACUAGAAGCACGUGUGGCAGCAAUUCUAGCCAAAUCAAGGGACACUGUUACAGAUGUUCCCCAAACUCCAUUCGUGGAUGUUUUCAAAGUUGGCAGGACUCAUGACAUAUCUGACGACUCUGAUGAUGAUUCUGACAACGAAUCCGAAUUUGAUGCCUUUAUUUUUGAUUCCCCAUCCCUGUAUCGCAGCGCUCCGAAUGGUCAUACACUACGUUGA